AGCCCUCUUGAUAGAGCCCAAGCAGCCAAGGACAAAGGAAACAAAUAUUUUAAAGCAGGAAAGUAUGAGCAAGCUAUUCAGUGUUAUACUGAGGCUAUCAGCCUGUGUCCUCCUGAGAAAAACCUUGAUCUUUCUACCUUCUAUCAAAAUAGAGCUGCUGCCUAUGAACAACUGCAAAAAUGGACAGAAGUGGCACAAGACUGCACAAAGGCUGUUGAGCUUAAUCCUAAAUAUGUAAAAGCUCUCUUCAGACGUGCAAAGGCUCAUGAGAAGUUAGACAAUAAGAAGGAAUGCUUAGAAGAUGUCACUGCAGUCUGCAUUUUAGAAGCCUUCCAAAACCAGCAAAGCAUGUUAUUAGCUGAUAAAGUUCUUAAACUGCUUGGAAAAGAAAAGGCCAAAGAGAAAUACAAGAAUCGUGAGCCGCUGAUGCCCUCACCACAGUUCAUUAAAUCCUACUUCAGUUCUUUCACAGAUGAUAUAAUCUCCCAACCUUUGCUUAAGGGUGAGAAAUCAGAUGAAGAUAAGGAUAAGGAGGGAGAGGCUUCUGAAGUAAAAGAAAACUCUGGCUAUUUGAGAGCAAAACAAUAUAUGGAAGAAGAGAACUAUGACAAAAUUAUCAGUGAAUGCACAAAAGAAAUUGAAGCAAAGGGAAAAUACAUGGCAGAAGCUUUGCUUCUGCGAGCUACUUUCUACUUACUUAUUGGCAAUGCAAAUGCUGCCAAGCCGGACCUAGAUCAGGUCAUCAGCAUGGAAGAUGCAAAUGUGAAGCUCCGAGCUAAUGCUCUGAUCAAACGAGGAAGUAUGUAUAUGCAGCAGCAGCAACCUGUGCUGUCUACUCAAGACUUUAACAUGGCUGCUGAUAUUGAUCCUCAGAAUGCAGAUGUUUACCACCAUCGAGGACAACUGAAAAUCCUGCUUGACCAAAUUGAAGAGGCUGUGGAAGACUUUGAUGAAUGUAUCCGACUGCGACCCGAUUCUGCCUUGGCUCAAGCACAGAAAUGUUUUGCUCUGUAUCGCCAAGCUUAUACAGGAAAUAAUCCUUUGCCUGUGCAAGUAGCCAUGAAGGGCUUCGAAGAUGUCAUUAAAAAAUUCCCAAAGUGUGCUGAAGGCUAUGCACUCUAUGCUCAGGCGCUAACUGAUCAACAGCAGUUUGGCAAGGCUGAUGAAAUGUAUGAUAAAUGCAUUGACCUUGAGCCAGACAAUGCUACUACAUAUGUUCAUAAAGGUUUACUUCAGCUCCAGUGGAAGCAAGAUUUAGACAAAGGGUUAGAACUCAUAAGCAAGGCCAUUGAAAUUGAUAACAAAUGUGAUUUUGCAUAUGAAACCAUGGGAACGAUUGAAGUGCAAAGGGGUAAUCUGGAUAAAGCCAUUGAAAUGUUCAACAAAGCUAUCAACCUAGCCAAAUCUGAAAUGGAGAUGGCCCACCUCUACUCACUCUGUGAUGCUGCCUAUGCCCAGACAGAAGUUGCAAAGAAGUAUGGAUUGAAACCACCGACACUGUAAAGAAACGAGGAGGAAAUGACCUUCUAAAGUGAAGUUGCCCACUUCAGCCAGCCCUAAAGACGCUGUUGCAGACCAUGUUGAAUGGUGGAACUUAGUUUUUUCCCGUUCGUGGUGUUGUCAUUUGCUACAUCUGUUAAAUGUUUAGGUGUUGUGGGAGUGGUUGUUCAAGGGAGUAUGCAGUUUUGCAUCUUGUUCCUUCUGCAGCAAAAACCUUAAAGUGUGUUAAGGGACAUAAAGUUGCAGGGGAACAAAAGGAGGAUAUUUUGGCCAUGCAAAUAAAAACUUCACACUGGUUCAUUUUGGGCAAUUAUGUUGUGGGCGAUUUUUGCUUUAUCAAACAAUAUUACAGCAUGUGGGUUUUUUUCCUGUUGAUUUUAAAGGUAAUACUAGUCAGUGCUGUAAAAUAGGUUUCUUUUUUAUAUACAAGUAAUCCUUGAGGGUUGAUUUUAAUUUUGCAAAAAGGAAAAAAUUAAUUUUCAAACUGUUUAAUAAUAGAGGGGUGUUUUUUUAAGUCAGUAGAUGUGGAGAGAAUCCCUGUAAAUAUAUGCAAGCAUGCACAAUCUUCCCUUAAAGCCCCUCCCACCCUCUGCAUAACUUAGAAAUAGUCCUGUGGCAGCUACCAGGGAAUUAAUUUGAUAGUUCUUAUCCUCACCCCAGAAAGCCCUAGCAUACUGUAUAGGAGAGCUAGUAAAAAGGUUGGCUGGGGAAAGAGGUUGGGUGACACUGCUUCAGUGUAGGUUUGACUGGAAGAAAGGCCGUGUUCCUGCGCAGCAGUCCUUACUUGAAUGUCAUAGAAAAUUGUUCUGGAGGGUUCCGAGGGACUUUCAAGAACAGAAAGCACUGCUGGGAGUAGAGCUGCCAAGGUAAGGUCAUGCUUGCAUAUAAUCUUUGUAAUCUCUGACACUCUUGCUUAAAUGCAACAGCUAAUAGACCGUCUAAAUUCUCUUCAGUCUCUAGAGACUGCUGUGUUCUGA